AAAGAGGGCUCCUCGACCUCGCGCGCAUCCGCCGCAUAACGUGCGUACCGAUCGCCGGCGCACGCCACCGCACGCCUGCGACGCGCAACAGCCAGCGCGAGCAACACUAUAGCGCAGCAAAAAAGCACUGCAGCCAAAGCAGGGAAAAAUCAGCAUGGCCGCCGCCCAGAAAAAAGCAGUAGACCUCAUGGCGAAAGGAGAAAAAUGCCUCACGAAGUUCUCGUUCUUUGGAGGCGGUUCCCAGAAGUACGAGGACGCCGCCGAGUGCUUCCAGGACGCGGGGAAGAUGUUUGUGCUGGCCAAGUCCUUCGACGAGGCCGGCAAGGCUUAUCUAAGAGCUGCCGAGAUGUUCGAGAAGACGAAGUCCGACUUUGAUACCGGUUCAGUGUUAACAAGAGCGGGAGAAGCGUUCCAGAAGGCGCAGGACACAAGACAGUGCUCUGAAGCUUACAGGCGGGCGGCGGACGUCUUCGCGGGUGCGGGCAAGGGCAACAUGGCGGCCAACGCGUCGAAGAAGCUCGCCGAGCUCAUCGAGCAGGAUGACGACGAGGACCGGUUGCCCGAAGCAGUGGAAGCUUAUCAACAAGCUACGGAUUUUUACGAUGCGGAGAACCAACCUAGAAGAGCGGACGGGUGUCGGGAGAAAGUAGCGACGAUUUCCGCGCGGUUAGGUGCGUAUGACGACGCUAUAACACAGUUCGACGCUUUGGGGCGAUCCGCCUUGCAGUCGAACCUCGGCAAAUUUAACGCCAAGAAGUGGUUCACGUACUCCGUGCUUUGCUGUUUGGCGCGGGAGGAUUUGGUGAAGGCCCAGAAGUUGCUCGGCGCUGUGUGGAAAUCGAAUUUCGGGCGCCCCACGCCUCCGUAGCUGCGUCUGCGCGAUGGCGUGAAGAGUCUACGCCAUCGACGCGACGUUGCCCCCGUGGCCGCGUCGGCUCGAUGGUGUGAUAACCUAACUCACUGGUUGAUUUCCACACAGGCUCGGCGAGUACGCGUCAUUAGACUACACGCUCGUGGGGACGCGCGAGCACGACUUGCUGGAGGCGUUGUGCGCGGCGUGCGAGAGCCAGGACGAGGAGGCUGUCGCGACGGCGGCGGCGGAAUAUGAUAGAGUGAAGCGCCUCGACCCCUGGACGACCAAAUUAUUGUUAGCGGUCAAGGACACGUGCGCUUCCGUAGAACUCCCGGAACCCGUCGUCGAGGCCGCCGCGGGUUUGAAAUUGGAAGACGCGGACGAGCUCCCCGAUCUUACGUAAGCGUUAAUUCACAUUA